AUGGAAGCCUGGUCGCCCUGCCUCCUUCUCCUAGCCCUACAGAAACACAGCCCGGAAGACUUCCUGUUGUGUGAUGUCAUUGGAAAGCCCAUCCAGCAACCAGAUGGAGCCGUCCAAUGGGAGACAGAGUGUCGUAGGGGUGUGGCAGAAUGGGAAUGCCCGCUGCUAUUGGUGGACAUGUGGCGGCCCAAGGAUGGGUUUGAACGCCGCUUUGAGAUCCAGAGACGGGACGACUACGAAAAACAGGAGAGGGAGAAAGAGAAGGAGCGAGAGAGGGAAGGAGAGAACCACACAGGUGUACGUUGGAGGCGGAGCCGCAUACAGUCGGGGGGCGGGGCUGAGGAGGGCGAGCGAGGUCAUCGAGGACGGAACUCGGAACUCAGGAGGAGCAUCAGCGACAUGAACCUCAGCCUGAGGCGUCGCCAAGGAAACCACGUUGGCAAUGACCCCCGUCGCUCCGGAAACCACCCUAACAACAGUGCAGGACUCCAGGACAGGAAGAACAUUGUGAGCAUGAUAGCUCCAUUGGAGCACGGAGAGAUGAUGAGGUCAAAGGUCAGAGACGAGGUGGAGCGGAGGAACAAAGCAGACAAGGCAGUAGAGGAGGAGAAAGACUACUCAGCCUGCGACCUGGAAGUGAUGUCACAGAGCCUGAUCCUCCCGCCCACGGACCGACCCUACUUCCUGUUGCUGCAGGGCUACGACCAGAGCAAGGACUUUGUUUUGUACAUCAUGGCAGGGCACACACACGUGUUUGGGCGGAAGCCAACGAUGAGGGAGAGAGAGAAGGACAGAGAAAGGGAGAGGAAGGGGAAGAGGCCUCUGAAGGUGGAAACGUUCCUCUCUGCUCCAGACAUACUGGCCAGGCACCUGCUGGUCAGGAGAGACUCAGCCAUACCCGACGCUCCCUCUGGGCAAGCUCUGAUGCGUCCCUUCAGAGGAGGAGCUGUCACACACAACGGAGAAGCUCUCUACCGGGAGGCGGUGCUUAAACCUGGGGACGUGGUCGGCAUAGGAGGUCACUUCCUCUUCCUGUAUCGUGACCCACGCGUGACCCCGGCCCCUCCGCUUGCAUUGGCGCUGCCCUGGCAAGCUGACGUUCCCUCCACCUGCUGCCUCUCGGGAUUGGUGGACAGACAGGAAGCGUUGAGGCAGUACCUGGGGUCCACUGAGGCUCUGCUGCGGUUCCAGCCCCACCACACUGACGCUCUGCUACAGGAGAUAAUCUCUAAGAACUCCUCUCCAGACUCAGAGGGCGGGCCUUUAGCCCCAGCCUUUCUCCUGUCAAUCAUGAUUGACCACGCCUCCAAACACCUGGAUCCCAUCAUCACGCCUAAGUUGCUGCUGAAAGCAGCCAAUCAGAUCAAAGGGAUCGUUUGGGACAACAUUAAGGAAUUCGGGGAUAAGCAUCCCACGCAAAAUUCCACAGAGCAGGAGGUUGAACUGAGUGCGCCCAGUGCACAGAAGCUGUCCUCUGACCUUCGACCUCUGAUGUUCUGGAUGUCCAAUGCCACAGAGCUCCUCAACUUCUUCCAGGUCAAAGUUGAGGCCAUGGAGAGAGACUGGGAGUUUGAGGCUCCUGGUGACCCGGUGUUGUCAGCUGACCUGGACACCUGCUCCGAGGCCCUGGCGCAGCUUGAUGACGUGAUAAUGCACACCUUCCAGCAGUGCGUGUACCACCUCACAAAGACGCUGUACUCCCUCCUCCCAGCUCUCCUGGACAACAACCCUUUCUCCAGCCUGGAGAAAGAGAAGGAGAGAGAUGAGGCAAGGGAGAUGGAUGGGGGUGAGGGUGGUGGAGGGGAGGGAGAGGGGGAUGAUGCGUCCUCCCUCCCCCCUACAGUGGCUGGGCUGGUGGAGGUUUACCGCUGCUCCCUGAUGCUGUCCCGGGAGGCCUGCCUCUCCCCCCCACUCACCUCCCAAACCUUCGGCUACCUCUUCUUCUUCACCAACACCUCCCUGCUCAACACACUGCUGGAGAGAGAUGGUCUGUUCUCCUGGUCUAGAGCGGUCCAGAUCCGUACAAACCUGGACCUGGUUCUGGACUGGCUGCAGGGCGCGGGACUUGGAGAUAUCGCCUCUGAGUUCCUGAAGAAGCUGUCCGUCACAGUCAAUUUCCUGUGCGUCCCUAAGACCCGCCUCAUCCAGUCAUCCUGGGCCAGCCUACAGGAGGACCAUGCCUUGCUAAGCCCCACCCAGCUGCACCAUCUGCUGACCCAUUACAAGCUGGGACCGGCCAGAGCCCCACCGACCUCCUGGGCCCCUCCCCCUGGGACGGAGCUCAGUGGAGACAUCUUCGAAAGUUUCCUGGACCACCCCCCUCUCAUCCUGCCAAAUGAGACGCCUCAGCUGGACCUCUCCCAGCCAAUCCCCAGCCCUGAGCUACAAAAGGAAGUGACACGCUUGCGCAACUUCCUGUGGGGACUCGACCAGGAUGAGCUGCCAGCCAAUCAAAGGACCAGGCUGUGAGUGCUGGACAGUUGAGCUCCGGGUAGAAGCUACCCUUAGGCACAGUUCUAGGAUCAGUUCACCAUCCGCCUCAACCAUUAAGGGAGAAAGACACAAAACUGACCCUUGAUCAGCAUCUAGGGGCAACCUCAUUCAUCUCAGCAACUUUGAAAUUAACCCUAUAUUGAACCCUCUCUCGUAAGACAGAUGCAAUGGAUAGGAAUGGCAACUGGUGUGAGGAAUGGCAACUGGUGUGGGGAAUGGCAACUGGUGUGGGGAAUGGCAACUGGUGUGAGGAAUGGCAACUGGUGUGGGGAAUGGCAACUGGUGUGAGGAAUGGCAACUGUCAAAAGAAAGUCAUAACACAAUGUAAUAGUUAUCUAACCGUAAGACAAUACAACUGUUCUUUUACUGUUCUCUAAACACUCUUUAUUUUGUAACACAAUGCCUGAAUGCAGUGGUUGCCUGAAAAAGAAAUGUCCUGCAAAAUGAAGCAUAAAUGAUGGUAUGACAAUGUUAUUAUGUAGAAGAUAUCCCUGUAGGUCAGCUUUAUACUGGAUGGAUGGAGGCUCACAGAUAUUCUCAUAUAAAGAAUAUAGUAAAUGUGUAUUGUCACAGAACAUUAGAUUGUAUACCAAAGUAAACACUAACACUAUGAAGGAAACUGUUUUACCAUGUGUAUUUUAUUUCUAACUGUCCUCAUAUUAUAAAUAAAAUGUUGGUACCCUAUGA